CUUCCAUGCUCUCUCCUCUGCUGCAGGAGCCAUCACCGGCAUCGCCAUGCUUGACGUCGGGCGACACAUUGCAGACGAGCUCGUAUCGAUGACAGCUGCCCUCAACGACAUCUUGGCACGAGCGACGCGGCUCGUGACCCUUCACAACUCCAUCCUGCUGGGUCAGAUCAUGGAGAAGUUCGGCGAUCAGCUCGCGGACCUCCCGGUCGUGCAGCUGGACUCGCGUCUGACCAAGUUUGAGACCGACAAUGUGCGUCCUCGCCUGUGGGUCAAGCAGGUGGAGGAUGG